AUGGACUGCCAUAGCGCCAUGAACUGCCAUAGCGCCAUGGACUGCCAUAGCGCCAUGGACUGCCAUAGCGCCAUGGACGGCCAUAGCGCCAUGGACUGCCAUAACGCCAUGGACUGCCAUAGCGCCAUGGACUGCCAUAGCGCCAUGGACUGCCAUAGCGCCAUGGACUGCCAUAGCGCCAUGGACUGCCAUAGCGCCAUGGACGGCCAUAGCGCCAUGGACUGCCAUAGCGCCAUGGACUGCCAUAGCGCCAUGGACUGCCAUAGCGCCAUGGACUGCCAUAGCGCCAUGGACGGCCAUAGCGCCAUGGACUGCCAUAGCGCCAUGGACUGCCAUAGCGCCAUGGACUGCCAUAGCGCCAUGGACGGCCAUAGCGCCAUGGACGGCCAUAGCGCCAUAAACUGCCAUAGCGCCAUGGACGGCCAUAGCGCCAUGGACUGCCAUAGCGCCAUGGACUGCCAUAGCGCCAUGGACUGCCAUAGCGCCAUGGACUGCCAUAGCGCCAUGGACUGCCAUAGCGCCAUGGACUGCCAUAGCGCCAUGGACUGCCAUAGCGCCAUGGACUGCCAUAGCGCCAUGGACUGCCAUAGCGCCAUGGACUGCCAUAGCGCCAUGGACUGCCAUAGCGCCAUGGACGGCCAUAGCGCCAUGGACUGCCAUAGCGCCAUGGACUGCCAUAGCGCCAUGGACGGCCAUAGCGCCAUGGACUGCCAUAGCGCCAUGGACUGCCAUAGUGCUGCCUUAGCGUUGCCUCCCUGCACAGAGAUCAGAGAUUGCUGCUUUUCCACUCGCCGCUUCUCCAACACAGCAGCACCGCCUCCAACACAGCAGCACCGCCCCAACACAGCAGCACCGCCUCCAACACAUCAGCACCGCCUCCAACACAUCAGCACCGCCUCCACCACAUCAGCACCGCCUCCAACACAGCAGCACCGCCUCCAACACAUCAGCACCGCCUCCAACACAUCAGCACCGCCUCCACCACAUCAGCACCGCCUCCACCACAGCAGCACCGCCUCCAACACAUCAGCACCGCCUCCACCACAUCAGCACCGCCUCCACCACAGCAGCACCGCCUCCACCACAGCAGCACCGCCUCCACCGCGUCUCUCCAUCGCAGCAGCACCCUUCCACCUCCAACGCCGCACCAACGCCGCACCAGCGCCAGUCAAUGUCGUGGACGCAGCACCGCUUUCAUGA